AUGCUGGGCAUAGCGCGGCUUCUGGACCUGGACCUGCUGCACGAGUGGCAAAUGACCAUCAGGUACGGUGGAGGCCCGAAAUAUCGCGGGGAAGCGAAUAAGGCCAAGGCGGAUGCCCCCGCCCCGGCCGGGAGCCAAAGCGCUGACCCGAAGAAGGUGGAAGAGCCGGCUGCCACGCCCAAGACCGACGCCACCGCGGAGCCAGCUGCCGAGCCGCCGGUGCAGGCCAGCGGUGCCAAGGCCGACGCGGAGGAGGUGAGCAGCCAGAAGGGAGACGCGCCGAAGGCGGAGGUACCCGUAGAACAGAAGAUCCAAGAGGCUCCAGUGCAGGCGGAGGAGGUGCCCAUCGAACAGAAGGUGCAGGAAGCGCCUGCAGAGGCUGCGAUUGCCCUCAUUCCCCGAGUUCCUGGACUUGAGGAUGUCAACCCUUAG